AUGGAUGAAAGCCACAGCUUUUUGCUGAACGAGGAAGCUUUUGAGGCAUGUCCUGAGAGCAAACGAUCGAUUUUUAUAUAUGAAUGGCUGCGAUAUCUUGAUCGCAUUCUGCCAAUAACCGAACGAGACGAUCUUAAGAAUGUACAAAAGAAGCUGCAAUUACAACUCGAAUCGCGGUUAAAUAGUGUUACUGGUCCACCGACAAGAAAACUUAUUUCAAGAUGUAUCGCACGCGUCUAUUAUCUCAGCGGAGAUACUAAUGCACUUUUGACAACUAUUAAUUCGUGUAAUGACACACUUCGGGUGAAAGAUGAAUCGCCGACGCAGGUGCAGAGCAAAUUAAAUGCUCUUGCAUGCUUAUCUGCACUUUAUGAUACUAUGGGUCGAUUAGUUGGUCGAAGUUUUGAAGAAACUUUGGCAAUUCUACAGAAAUGGAUGAAAAGUGCUGAGUCCCACUCUCGUGCUCAUAUUAUGAAUACGUUGACGAGCAUGGUGAAAGGAUUAGGAAGUUGCGAGUCGUCUUCUCACAAGGACAUUUACAAAUUGGCGAAACACAGCAUUCAGGACAGAUCGAUGUCUGUUAAAAUAGCAUCUCUUGAGUGUCUCACCGCAUUAGUUCCUGUUUAUACGCCCCUCUUCACAACAGAGCUCGAAGCUGCUUGCACGAUGUGCAUUAAGGUAUUGGAAGGAUCGACGUAUGAACUGAGAAGUGCAGUUGCCAAAUUCACCGCUCAACUAUUGGCGACGUCAAUGGUCCCACCAGCCGGCGCGGUUAUACCUGGAAAAUCGAAUCAGAUGAUUCCUGUUAAGCCUGCAAGUGCUGUUGACUCUCUGAAUUUGCUUGCUUCCGGUUUUAUUCGAGGAGGAAUUGGUGGUUUUUUGAAAGGGAAUUCGUCCAACUUCCCGACAUCCGGUGGACUCACUGAUGUUCGCAUUGGCGUCUCGAUUUGUUAUGUUGAAAUGAUACGCGAAAUGGGGCCGAAUUGGCUUGAGAAAAACUUGGGAGUAGUCUGUCAUCAUUUAGUGGAUUUGGCAUCGAAAUGCGGCCAUUUGGCAUACACACAAAGUGCACCGCAAUUGACUGAAGCGCUUGUACUUCGUCGAUGCAUCUCGUUCAUUUUGCGGCAAACUGUUGGAACAUUACUUGGAGAAAAUGCACAAACUUUGGCGUGCAAAACCCUUGGAUCUUUGUUGUCCACAUAUGUUUCUUCUAUUCGAAUUUCUGAUGGAGGAAACGAAGUGAUCGAUGGAGAUAUGCAUGGAAGCGCAUUUGCAGCAAUCGUCAUUCUCCAGGAGAUAUCUGUUCUCGUUCGCCAAAUUGGUUCAUCGGUUAUGUCGUUGUUUGUUGAGGCGACUGGCAUUAUGGAGCAAGUUUUUGGAUGCUUACUUCACCCAAUAUCAUCGGCGAGAUUUGCGACUGCUUGGUGCUUGAGAUGUAUUGCGAAUGCCGUGCCAAAUCUAAUGACUCCACUUGUAGACCGUUGCAUUUUAAGACUUGAACAGAUGAAAUCGUCGUCGGAUGCUAUUAGCGGAUAUUCUAUGGCAUUGGCUGCUCUUCUAGCUGCAUCGAAUGACAGCAGCAAACUCGGAAUUCCAAUCAUGAAACCAUUGAAUGUCCUUGACAUUGCCGAAGAAAUGCUGAAGACGUCAACGCAACAAACACGUCUGACUAUCGCGAAACUCGAAGCGGGAUGGAAUUUAAUUUAUGCGAUCGUCUUAAUGGGAGCACCUGUAAUUAAAGACCACUUGCACCGAGUGAUUCGACUAUGGAAAGCAGAAUUUCCGAGAAGUGCAAAGGAAGCGGAAGCCGAGAAUAAUCGAGGUGAUGCAUUCUCGUGGCAGUGUGCCAUGAUUGGACAAGCCGGAGCUCUUUCUGUGAUGGAAGCUGUUGCAAUGAACCCGGAAUUAAGUGCAACGAACAAUGCAAUCGAAUCCAUUAGAGUUCCCAUUGAAUGCAGUUUAAUUAUGAUGUCACAAGUUGGAACUCUGAUCCGCUCUUAUGGUAAUCGAAUGCGUCAAUUAAACAGUGUCAUCAGAAUACGUGUAUACAAAUUGCUUAUGAUUCUGCCCCAUAAGGCUAUCGAGGGGUGCUAUGUUUCUUUGCUCAGGGAGCUUGUUGCGGAUAUCACACUGUCGGAUAAUUCGCAGAGCAGCACAAUAACCACAAUUCCACCAAAUAUGUUCAAUGGAGUCGAGAAAGUUCUAUUGUCGCCGUGGUUUGCAGCUACCGACUAUGCGAUGGUUGAAAAUCUGCUUCACGCUCCUUCUAUUGAUGUCGGAAACAUUGAUGAUGACCUCACAGCUUUAAUAAGAACAUCAUCAUCCAGAAUUGGUGAUACUUGGCCAGAGAACGAUUCGAUUCCAUUAGUUUGUCUCAAUAUUGCACUUCAUACGUUUGGAAAAAUUUUUCCUCUGGUUUAUACGAAACACAAAAUUCAAAUUAUUGAGCAUUUCGUUGAUGUCCUUAAAAAUUGCAAGAACACUGCACGUCAGCAAGCGAUACUUUUGAAUGCGCUAACGGGAACAAUGCUGGCAUUCAAGACAAUGUGCGAUAUCCGGAAGAAUGCGGAAAACGCGAAUCUUCAAAAAGCAUGCCAAAUGCUCAUUUUCCCGGCAUUGUCUAACUCUUGCCCGACGGUUCGUCUUGUUGGCGCGGAGUCGUUGGCCCGUUUGUGUCAAGCAGUGGCAAAUCCCAAGUUUGUGGCUGAUAUUGCGCAAUAUUGUUUUGAGCAAUUGGGGAAAUGUAGGGAUGCUAUCAAUCGGUCUGGUCAUGUUUUGGCGCUCGGAUGCAUUUAUCGGCAUGUAGGAUCAUUAGGAACUGGGCAGCAUUUGAACACCGGCUUUCAACUGGUUUUGGCUUUAUCGCAAGAAACCACUUAUCCCAGUGUGCAGACAUGCGCUCUAAUUUCGAUGGCUCUUAUUGCUGAGACUGGUGGUGGAAUGUUUCGUGGAUUUGUCGAGGUCGUUCUCAGCAUGUGCCUCAAACUUCUCAUCUCUACUCCCACAUUUGUUGUUGAUGUUAUUCAGGGAAUCAGCAAAUUGCUUACGGCUCUUAUUACUUGUGUUGGUCCUGAAUUGAGUUGUCCAGGAGUUAUUGAUGGUGUUCGAACAUCUCUGCUGGCAGCUUGUGCCAUUCAACUGUCGCAUUCGGAUCCUCACGUAAAAGCAGAAGCGAUAUCCGGAUUGCAGCAAAUGCACUUGUUCGCACCGCGCUACGUUCACUUAAACCAACUAGUCGUUGAUAUUUGUUCUCUUCUCAAUUCGAGGCAUCUGGUGAUUCGCCAACAAGCAGUUUGUUGCCUUCGUCAACUUGUGCAGCGAGAAUCGAAGGAAGUCCGCAACCACGCGCAAGAACUUGUACCUCAGGCAGUUGUUGAGACGAAUCGCAAAAAGUUUCCAUUACCGGAUUCGGGAUUAGAAGGGGCGUUGUUCGCGAUGCUUGAUUUAGAGGUGAAACAAGACUUACGCAAUCACAUUGAGGAGACAAUAAUUUCUUUGGUACAAGGAACUAGUGGAGAACUUCUUAACAACUGGCUGACUCUAUGCAAGGAUAUUUUGGCGACAUCAAAUGAGCAAAAUCGUCGAAAGAUGAAAGAAGUAAGCGUUGUUGAAGGAGAAGCUGACGAAGAAGAUGAUGAAAGUGGAGAUGACGAUACGAAUUUGGCUGGAAUUCAAACGGUCGAAGAAGACAAAGGAAAAGUGCAACCACGGUGGCCGACGAAAGUGUUCACAAUGGAGAUAGUCAAUCGCUUAAUGAGUGUGUGUGAUACCGAACGUGCACAUUUGGAUAUUGCAUUAGCCAAGGAGCUUCAAAUGACAUCUGCUGGGAAAAACGACUAUCUUGUUCUCCAUUUGUCAGACCUUGUUAGAAUGUCGUUUAUGGCUGCCACGAGUGACAAUUGGCCGCUAAGAAUUGCCGGUCUUCGUUCUUUAGAGGAAGUGAUUAAUCGAUUUUCGUCUGUGCCUGAACCUGAAUUCCCGGGUCAUAUGAUUUUGGAGCAAUUUCAAGCGCAAGUUGGGGCCGCACUUAGACCAGCGUUCGCAGAUGAGACGCCCAGUAAUGUAACAUCUGUCGCAUGCCAGGUGUGCAGUACAUGGAUCGGAAGCGGAGUGGCGCGAGAUUUAAACGAUCUCAAAAGGGUUCAUCAGCUUCUGGUAUCUUCUUUGGGAAAGCUGAAGCAUGGAUCUAUAAAUGUGCAAUUGUAUAGCGAAAGUGCUGCGACCCUAGAAAAAUUGUCCAUUCUAAAGGCUUGGGCGGAAGUGUAUGUGACAGCUAUCGAUCAAGAAGAGAACAAAAAGGAAACGGACAAGACUGAUCACUAUGGUAAUACUGGAAACUGUUCGCUGUUGUCACUUGUCGAACCGGAAGCAAACUCGUUGAUUGUCUAUUGGUUGGCAGCUUUAAAUGAUUCGGCUCUUCUAGCUCUUCCUCAUCAUUAUUCGGAGCAAUUCCAAAAUCGAGGAGGCGCAUUUUUCAAUUCGCACAGUGCAGAUGCUUGCCGUGAAUACUAUCGGCUUAGUUGGCCUCCAAUUCUAUUUGCAUCCAGUACCUGGUUGAGCAAGAAGAAUUUCGAGAUUCCUUCCGAAAUUGUUCUAACCGAAGAAACGGGAACGAUUUGGAAGGACGAAGGAAACGUGUCAAGAUUCUACUUGCUUGUUGGAAUUGCAAUUGAGUCCUUGAGCAACCGAACACGACAGAUUGAGGAUGAGACGAUACAGAUGUCUGUAAAGUCACUGACAUGCUUACUCACAUCCGAAUGGUGUCAAAUGUACCUCAUGAGCGACAUUCCGGCAGCGGUCGAAAUUCUCAGCGUUCUUCACAGAGUCAUCUUAACACGAGACAACGCUGCGACCCAAAUUUUGUGCAUCGAGUGUGCAAGUGCUAUAAUUGAUGCUGCUCAACUUUCUAUGAGAAUCGUUUCAUCUCGAGAUAUUUCUAACGGAAAUGAUAUCAGCAGCAAUCGAAAUAUUCCCAACAAUUUGUUUGGAGGAAAUGAAGGCGGCGAGGAUGGUAAAAUUGUAACUCCAAAGGGACAGAAAUUGGAUAACUCCGAAAUUUCAACUAUCAGUUACGCAAUUCUUGAGUUGUGUGUCUGUAUUAUUUUCAAACAGAUGCCACAAGUCAAUGCAAACCAUCUCAAAACAAAUAGCGUGGCAGCGUUGCACCUUCGAAAAGUCGGAAGGAUGUCGGCGGAAAGCAUGCAUCUGGUUAUCAAAAGCAUGCAGAUUCUUAUUCAGGUUCCCGCCUUGUGCUCACCUCAAGCAAAAAUCACAAUUCUUCCCGUGAUUAUGUACCUUCUGGUGUCUUUCAUUAGGGAGUCUGCGAGAUUUGAUGAAACAGCUUGUGGGAGAAGCACAGGCAGUUUGAAUGCUGUGGCAACGUCUUCUAUUCAAUCGACUAGGGCAAUAUUAAGCCAGCCUCCGAAUGAUGGAACUUUGCCGCAGUGGAAAUCUAUAAUGAGAAAUACAUUCUAUUCAGUGGUUAAUUUGACAAACGAUGAAGAUGGGUCUGGAAAUCGUGUUUCACUUGAUAAAAGUGUGAUAAUGCUUGCUGCAGUUGUUUUUGCCACUUCUGCAUCGGUAGAUGUUGUACUUGGUCAUAGCGAUUCAUUCAAUAAAUUCAUAGUGCUUCUCAAAAGGCAUUUGCACUCGGAAUCUGUGCCGGUGGUUCUCAAAACCCUUCAAUCACUUACUUCGAUAUUCAGUCGAAAAGCAUUUGGUGGAAUUUUUGUGAAGCAUCUUGGCAAAGAGAUUAUGGCUGUUGUUAAAGGAUGUCUUGUUCGAAUUGACGAUGAAAAUGCUAAAAUUUCCGAGACCGACGUUGCCGUGAUUAAUGAAUGCGUAAAAGUGAUUGAGGUUCUAGCGAUUAAUGCUCAAGAAACGAAACGAACUCAGGUAAUUUGUCUUUUGGUGCAGACUUUGGUUCGGCUUUUGCGUGCCACUACGCAUCAAGAAUGGCGGCAGGCUGGACCGAUUGAGAAGAAGCUGCAUGAAAUGGCGAUUGGAAGACUAAAUGCUGCCGCUUCGUUAUGGCCAAUGGAAUUCAAACGGGUCAUUGAUUGGGAUGGCGAGCUUAAGAUGAAGCUUGAGAGUGCUAUGGCACUUCAGGCCACUCGCCACGCUCACCAAACCACUAAACUUAAAGCGACCGAGGCGGCGAAGACUGGUGCUCCUACUGUGGCGCAGCCAAAGAUCAAACUGACAAUGUUUGGUGCGGAAACUGCUUAA